AUGAACGACGCCAUACUUCUUGGUGAGUCUACCCUUACCUAGGGUUUGGACAAGCUGAGAGUUAUAGUAAGAGCACUCAACUAAAGCGUACGUACUAUGGAGAACACCCUGGACUAUCAAAUUAAACAUGAAGAUUUCUACUCUGAAACUUUGAACCAGGUGUAUCAAGAAAGAAUCGAGGCCCGCCUACUGGAACUCAAACAAAUGGAAGAGAAGCGGAAAUCUCCAUACAGGACUACUGCAACACCAGAAGAACUUUUAAGAACAUUGGAUUAGACAGUAGAAGACCUACUUAACAGAACUCCUUUUAGAGUCUUAGUGUUCAGUGAAUUUAGUACUGCUCUCCGGAUUUGCCGUAAAACGAACACCGAACACAUUUUCCUGGCUAAGUACAAUAAGCUUUGUGAAGCCUACUGCAAUGUUGACAACGUAAGCAAAGAAGUAGAGCUCAAGGCCUAAAGUCAGGGUGAUGAAAAUCCCCUUAAACUAUAAAAGGCUAAUCAUGGGUAAUUAAUGGCAAUUAUUUCUGACGAGAAUCUGACUCAAAGUCAAAUUGAAAGCCAGACUCUGCUAAAAUUAUCUGAGGUAAGCUCAAUAAUUAUUUAGGAUGAGAGUUUCAUCGAAGCUGCUGUACCUACACAAACCAAGGUCAGCUAUGCUUCUAUACUAGCUUAAGUCUAGAAAACUCAGAGUCAAUCCCAUGAACCAUCAGACCCCUCACAUGGAAUCCUCCACACUAAUCUAAAGCGUAUAUUGGAUUUCACCUUAGAAUAGGCCCAGCCAUACUAAUCUUCACUGCUGGGUGUGAGGCCGCAUUUUUUCUGGUAAAUGAAAAGAAAGAAAGAGUCUGAAUAAAGAAUACAAGUCCUCGAUGAAUAAUUCACCAUGAAUCCCUCUCUAGAGGAAAUCAGGGAUUCUAUCUACUCUAAAGAUCCCAGGCUUUUGUAGGCAAUUGAGUCAAUUUACUAUAACUAACUACUCAGCGGAUAAGUCCUGCUCCUAGGCACCAUCAGACACUAGAGUAGUCUAUUAAUAACAGAGAGUCAAACAAAACAGACAUUCGUAACAACAGGAAAGACUCUAAGUAAACCUUAAGACCUUCUUUAAGGAAGGCACGUAUUUGAAUGGUGGCAAGAAUAAGGUAAGACCACUUAGUUAAUUUAGGGUGAAAUUACUAAUUCCCCUAUUUCCCUACUGAAACCUUAAGACCUCCGUGCAGGCAGGUAUAUAUUCGAAUGGUGGUAAGACCUACUCAUAGGCACACAGUAUUAAAGUAUGGUUCAGCCAAUUCAUGUAUAAGCCUGUAAUUUGUUUCUAAGGUUCUAAUAGCAAAUUUACAGUGGUCUGACCAUCAGAAGAUUUAGUAUGUCCUCGGGUAUUUCGGACUACUAUAUAAUAGAGGAGGCAUAAUUCCCUCUACUGACUAUAAUUUCCCCUACUGUGUUCAGUAUCAUUACAUAAUAUAAGGGUAAAGAGACCGUUUCACAGAGCAACCUUUGUCUUUCUGUCUCUGUGCUUUCAGCUAUUUUUUAGUACGAUUUGUCCAUUUUCCCUGCGAGGUAUCUGCGACCUCUUUGA